AAAUCCAAUAAUACAUCCAUACAUAUAUACAAACACAUACAGAUGAAGAACUCAAAGGAUUAUCUGUUGCUAAACGUCAAUAAAGAUGAGGACGGGGCACAGACGGCCUCAGAGAGUCUUACUCACAGAAGACAUUCACACAAGGUCUCCGAAAAAGAGAAAGAUGCAAUGCAGGCAAUAGAGAGCUUGGACUUUACAGAGAUCGAUAAUAUACUGCUGCGAAAGUUUAACCAUGACGAUCAGAACAAGCGUAAUAAGGUGUUCAAGUCAUUGGGAAAAUGGGUAAUAUGCUCCCUUAUUGGUAUCAUCGUUGGUAUAGUUGUUUACUGUCUCAAAGGAUCUGUUGAUCAGUUACAGGAGCUAAAGUUUCACUCUGUAGAGAAGUACAUAGUCAUGGAUAAAAGCAAAUCUAUACCAUUCUUUAUAUAUCUAUCAUUCAACCUAUUGUACUCGAUUAUCAGUUGUGUCUUGGUGAUAAUAGCCGGUCCCUUGGCAAGCAGCUCUGGCCUACCAGAGGUCAAGGGCUAUCUCAAUGGUAUCAGAAUCAGGAAAGCCUUCAACCUCAAGACCUUCUUUGGCAAGCUUACCUCUCUCAUCUUUGCAUUCUCCAGUAUGGUGGUUGGUCCUGAAGGACCCAUGUUCCACAUUGGCUCAUGCAUUGGCUCAUCCAUCUCACAGUUCAAGUCCAAGACACUGGGCAUCCAUUUUAAGAGAGGUUUCUGGGUCUUCCAGAACGACUCGGACAAGCGCGAUUUUAUCAGUUGUGGUGCUGCUGCCGGUAUCGCCGCAGCGUUUGGUGCCCCAAUCGGUGGUGUACUCUUUGCUCUAGAGGAGGGCUCAUCUUUCUGGUCUCGACAACUCACAUGGAGAACAUUCUUCUCGUGCCUCAUCGCAACCCUAACGGCCAACUUCUUCCUGCAGGGCUUUGGCGUGCGUAUUCACGACUAUGGAGUGCUCACUUUUGGCUUCUCCAAGAACUUCCUCUACACCUACUACGAGCUCGUACCCUUUUGCAUCAUGGGUGUCAUUGGCGGUCUGCUCGGUGCACUGUUUGUACAUCUCAACGUGCGCAUCAACUAUUAUCGCAAGGUAUACUUGGGCACUCGACCAGUCUAUCGCCUGGUUGAGGUGAUUCUGGUGGUCAUCCUCACAUCAUGCAUAUUUUACUUUCCAGCACUUGUCGUUCCGUGCACCAGUGUCAAUCAAGUGAUGCAAGCCUCCACUGAUGUAUGCGAUGUUCAACAGGUGAUGACCAGCGUUCAGUUCUUCUGUCCAGAGAACUACUACAAUGAGUUGGCCAGUCUUACCUUUACCACAUCGGAGAAUGCACUCAAGCUUCUGUACAAUCGUGAUGUCAACAUCUUCAACUCCUACAUUCUCCUAUUCUUUGCAAUCAUCUACUUCAUUCUCUGUACAAUAACCUCUGGUACAUACGUUGCCUCUGGCAUAUUCAUACCAAUGAUGGUGAUUGGAGGUGCUUGGGGAAGACUAUUUGGUAAGACUCUUGACCUCAUUAUGAACGUGGAUGCAUCCCUCUAUGCACUGAUUGGAUCGGCAGCAAUGAUGGGUGGCAGUCUUAGGAUGACGAUCUCUUUGGUCGUCAUCAUUGUGGAGCUCACCGAGGGCACACAAUAUUUACUACCAGUGAUCCUUGUCGUUAUGAUUUCGAAAUGGACUGGUGACGCUUUCAACGAAUCUAUCUACGAACAUCUGAUUGAGCUCAAGCACAUACCCUAUUUGCCAAGCAAACCAUCGCGUCACAUGAAGAACUUGACCGUCUCUGAUGUCAUGGCAAAGGAGGUGGUCACCCUUCCCGAAGUGGUCUCAGUCAAGACUAUUCUGGAGGUCCUUAGCAACACCACUCACAAUGGCUUCCCAGUAGUGCUCGUACCGAAUCUACAUCAAGAGUCUGAAGAGGAUGACAACAACAACAACAACAACAACAAUGGCAGCAGCAGUAGCAAUAUCAAUAUCAACGUUGGCAAUGGAUUGCUAAACUCAUCUAUUAAUUCCGAUAGUGAUGAAAAGGACGACAAGAUCCUGUGUGGAUUGAUACUGCGCAACCAACUUCUGGUACUCAUCAAGAACAAGGUCUUUUCAGACCCGAACCAUCUCGACAGCAUCAAUCUUUGCUCACGUGAUGGUCAAUAUCCUCUGCCCAUAGACCACCGCACAUUCGUCACAGAGCUCGCCAGUAGCAAGUUCCCGACAGUGAGCGAGGUAGCACACACUGUACCGACACAGGAUAUGGACAAGCUUAUCGAUCUGCGUCCCUACAUGAACUUUGCAGUUGUCAGCAUCAAGAACUACAGCUCCUUGUCUGAGGCCUACCAACUGUUCCGUUUAGUAGGACUACGUCACGUCGUCGUUGUCAAUGUAUUCAACCAAAUCGUAGGAAUCCUAACUAGAAAGGAUUUA